UAGUCUGGCGCGGGGCGAGAGCGCGGCGGAGAGCAGGGGCGGCGCGCCGAGCGGAGGGAGCCGGACCAGGAGGGCCGCUUCUCCCCGCACUCUGGCUUUUCUGUCGGGAUCGAGGGGCAGCAUGAGGGCGGCGCUGGUCCUCUGGAGCGUCCUUCUGGCGGCAGGUAAGAAGGGGCGAAAGGGAGCCCCGCGGGGAUGCCGUCGAAGUGGGGCAGGCGCGCUCCGCGUCUUUGGCCUCGGCGUGGAAGAGAUCCCGCCGAGUGCGCGACUCUCUCCUGUUAGCCGACGGGACUGACGAGCUCUUGCCUCUGCCGGAGCCGCGCGUCGGAUUUUCGGUCGCACGGAAAAGAAAGGGACUCCUCGUCGCUCUUCCACCCCAAGCGAUGCUCGCUCGGAAUCCCCUCCCGCUGGCGCUGCCUGCUCCGGCUUCGCUGCACCGCUGCCAAAUUUAGCCUGUUUUGAUAGCCGAUAUGGUGCCCAGAUAGCGUUGCAUGGCUGGGCUGGGUGCAGGCGGAUAAUUCAGUUGCAGGAGCCCCGCCGGGGGGUGUCCGAGAGUUUUUGCCCGUAAAACGUUAAAUGCCGCACCGCGGUGGAAAGCGCCUCGAGGAAACUUCUGCUGAACUCCUGCAAGCUUCAGGCAUUGCCGAGUCAGAAUGUUUUUAUGGCUCCCGAGGUUGAAAACCCAGCCUGCAAAUAUGCAUGGGAAUAACAGUGAGACAGGAGUGUUGUGUGUGGCUGAAUUGUCUAGACUUGUAUUCUGCGCGGGCAUCACCGUGUUGGCAGAGAGUGCUUGUUAUGCCUCCGAAACAUCUGGGCACACUGGCAUGUGUGAAUCUGCUAGGUAUUAAUGCACUUGUAUGGAAGUGAAAAAUGUGUCUGCCUUUCAUACGUUGUUUUUUUUGCCCUGUCUUUGGGGUGGGGUUGAUACAGUACAGUGUGUGUGUGUGUGUGUGUGUGUGUGUGUGUGUGUGUGUGUGUAGAGAGAGAGAGAGCGCGCAAGUGGCUUCUCUCUCCCCCCCCCCCCCAAUUUUCUAAUUGCUCUUGGGCAGUUGUGUGAUGAAACUGUAUGAAAAGCUGGGGCAGGGAGUUGGUGGCUGAUGAUUCACCCAAGAUCCUUGUUUCCAGGUUGGCCCAUCCUGGUGAAGGGGGAAGAGCUUGGCGGGCUCAGGAAUGAAGUUUACCAGCAGGAAGGCAGAGAGGACCUGGCAAGCGUCCAGUUACUUCCGGCCAGGGAGGCUUUGGAGCAUGAAGGAGAGAGAGGUGGAAGUGUGUCGUCUGCAGGGGACAACUUCAGUGAACUCCCUCGAGGUGAGUCCAGGGGCACCAUGGGGGAAGACACUCUGCCUAUUCUCAGCCACCUGCCUAUUAAGGGAGGGAAGCGGUAUGGGGGGGUGAGUGGUGCAAAUAUUAGGAGGCGAUUGGAGGGUCCUCUGCAGGAUCCAGGUCUUUGAGUGUCUUAUCUAGUACGCAGUGCUGGGGAAGCAGAGAAAUUGCCUGUCCUGAGUGUCUUUGCCCUUAGUUACAUUCACUAGCCAGGGGAUGCGGGUGGCGCUGUGGUCUAAACCACUGAGCCUCUUGGGCUUGGCGAUCAGAAGGGCGUUUCUGUGUGCUCUGGCUUCCAUCACAGUGUUCCAUUGAGCACCACACCCCAUAGUUGCCUUUGACUGGACUAAACCGUCCAGGGGUCCUUUACGUUUACAUUUUUACAUUCACUAGCCGCCAUAUAGCACAGGGUAACCACACCUGAGUCCUUUGAUUUUGAUGACUCAAAUUGGGGAACUUUACAGGGUUGAGCUACUGCGGCUUGGGAGGCAGAGGGGUCAGCUUGGCCAUAAAAACUGGAAAUAGGAGCUAGUGAAGGAUUAAGAUUAGAGAAGGGACAUUGUUUUCAUGUCACAUUGCCAUGCUAUCUAUCUAUCUAUAGAUAUAUAUUGCCCAGUCCAAUCACUGGUGGCUGCAUGAAGCUGUAGAGAACCUCAGGCAGUCUGGACUAGAGGACCAUGUUCUGAAGUAGUUCCAUAUGGCAUCUUUUUAUGGAUUAUUUUAACCUUUGGGGAUCAAAUACACCUCAGGCUCCUCAGAAGAGGCAUGAAGAAUUCUAUGCUUUAUGGACCCUAUAACUGUCCAGGCAACAAAUUAACUUUCACCCUCCUCAUUGUGCGGUUCAGCUUUUUACCUGUCUUGCAAAACACAUAUGCAUGGCUGUGUAGCCAGAUCGUCCUUGUGAGGAAUGGUUUGCUGCUUAUCCUGAACGGUUAAGCAUAGGCCCCUCUGAUGGAGGGUGCCAGGCUCAGUAGUCCAAGAGACAGGUCCACUCUUUUAAUUCUGGUGUUACAGGUUUGCUUUUGUUGUCUUUUGCCUCCACCACAAACACAUUAAAUUGGUCACAAAAUUCAGUUGAACUUCAGUGAAAUUUACUUCCAUUUAAGUGUGCUUGGAACUGGUAGCUUCUCGUCUCUGAGAUUUGUUCCUGGGGGGGAUGAUAAAGUGUGGUAGGAGUAGAAAAUGCUAGAGAAGUAGGAGAGUUAAAAGCAGGUGACUUGAUCUUUCAUAUUUGCUUCAGAGCUGAUCAUUUCUGUUACACGCUAACGCUGAAGUUCUGCAGAGAUGAAAGUCUGAGCUGUGUGCACAACCCUGGCUAAUAGAAGUGAGUCCCCAGGACAAGGGAGGGAACCAGGCAGGAAUGUUCCCACGGAAAUUCCUGCCUUAUUUGCUUGAUGUCACAGUGCGCUGAUGUUUUAGUAGUUCCUUGUUUCUAUUUUCUGAGCUCACUUUUACCCUAGAGGGCCCCAGUGCCUUUUCUGAGCCAACCACACAUUCCAGCUGCCCACAAGACCUUAGAGCUGCAUCCUGUUCUGCCCACAACUUUUUGUCCUUUUAUCAAGUGCAACCACUUUCCGCAAAGCCUCUGCACUUCAAUAUAAUUACAAAGUCCGAUAGCUGUGGGGUCAGGGGACUUUGGUGAAGUUGCCAUGAAAUCCUGGGGCUUCUGUCUGCUGCUGUGGAAUUUGGAAAGUGUGGCUAUGCAGAGUUGCUACUUCAUCUGCUGCAGGAUGGUUCCCACCCUGUUGUGUGGAAACACAACAUGCUUUGCUGGAGACAUGAUGAUUUCAUGCUCUCCAGCUUCACAAGUGCUCUGGUGUGGUCAUAAGCUUACCAGAUCACUCCUUAAUUUCUUCCUCAUUAACUGUUUCUCUCCAAGGACUUGCAAACCUGGCAAGCUCAGGAUUUCCCUCAUGCUUCCUCCUUCCAUUGGCGAAACGUCCUUCCUCUUCUAGAAAACAUUGGCCAGCACUGGGGUUCCAUAGCAACAGUAUUCUUAGGUACAAUAAAGCAGGAGAGGCCUUUUGGCAUUUGCACUGUACUAGGGAAUUCUAGUCACAGAGAAAGCUGAGUGAGAGGAGAUUAACUGCUGGGUGAUGGUCUCAAAGCAUGGAAAAUUAGUUAUUUGACGCCUUGUGUUGAUUACUUUGUGUGGGUUGAUCCAGGCGGAAGUAUUAACUUUCCAGCCUGUGGGUGCUGUUGGUUGGAGGUGGGGAUCCACAGAUGACUCGCUGCCUCCCACCCACACAGCGCGGCUCCUCUUACCUUGCUCAGCUUAGUCACGAAGGUUAAGUUGUGCCAUCUUGGGGGUUUGGCUGGCUUUCUAGUUCUUCCUCUUUGCCCAUUUAUGUCCUGAAUCUCCUUGCAUGCUUUCUGCUAAAUCUGGAGGCACCAGAAGAGUCAACCAUGGGAAGAGCUCUGAGCUGCUGCUGCUGCUGCUGCUAACCAGGUUGAUUGAUGAAGACCAGCAGAGUUGCAUCUUCUUUCAGCAGGGCUGACUGUGCUUCUGUCGAGUCUCUUUUCAUCUUUCUUUCAAUAGUCCUGUCUUUCUUCUCCUUAAUCUUGGCCGAGUCCUAAUGUCUUUUCACCCAUGUGAUGGGAUUGGCGCCCUUGGAUGUGUGCGCAGCCUUCCUUCCCUUUCCUCACUGCUGCACCUCAUUCUUUCUUGUCUCUAUAUUUUGCUCUUUUAAAAAAAUAAAUAAAUAUCUAUUUACAUUUUAACUUUUAUUUUCUGAAUACCUUUGACUUUUUCCUCCUUCACUUCUAACUUUCCUAUUCUCCUCCUUAGCUGCUUUUCUUCAGUUCCCUAUUCCAUAUAUUUUUGGGGAUUUGUGGUAGGGUAAACAGCAUCAGUCUUCAAAUUCAGAGGACCUGAUGGAUCUGGAAGGUGGCAUGGGCAGGACUUUGUGGUACUUGGUGGGCUGAAUAGUUGGUUAAGUCACAAUCCCUUUAUCUCUUCUACUUUCAAAACAUUUUUGGGCCGUUCAGUGUUUCUCUGAUCUACCAUUUCAGCUAACUCUGCCCCCCCGCCCCCACCUGCCCCUUCAAGGGCUUAACUGCUCUGUAAGUUGAUGGGCAUGAAGACCCGAAGAGCUUUUAAUUGCAGCGAGACAGAAACAACCCCUUGAGAUCUGCAUCUGGUUUCUUUCAUCUGGGCUUCUGUCCAAACUUUGGGCCACUAUGAAGCCUAUAUUGCUACAGAACCUGAGGCCUGUGUGGAAAGGUGACUUUAUCAGGCAGCAACAGAUGCAAUAGUUUGGAAGGGUUGGUUUUGUCAAUCAUUCUAAUUUCCACUUAGAAUAGAUUUGGAAAGAGGAGAGAGCAGUGGCCUUCGAGUACAUGGUGGGUGGCCAGUGACCUACAUUGCAGGUGAAGCGGCCCUGUGUGGGAGAAGCUGAGCUGCACACAUGAUACUGACAGGCCCCAGUAUUGUUAGCUGGAAUGCCUGGGAGAGGGCGAUAAAAGUUUGGCUUGUUCCUUGGCCAAGCUGCUCUGUGCAGAUCUUCCUGCUCCUUAGGGAGGCUGACUCCUAGCACACAGCUAUUCAGGGAGGAGGGGGCAGGACGGGGGGCUGCCAAUAAUAGGAGGGCUCGGAGUGCAGCAGAAGCCUCCUGAUGGGGCCGAGGGGAAUUGUAAAGGGCCUUAUGGCUCUGUCUGUCUAGCCUCUGCUUCCGCACUUCGCAGGGACUCAAAGGGAAGGUUCCCCUCCCUCUGAAGGAAUAUGUAUGACUCGAAGGGAUGGCUCACUGAUUAGAGAGUGGUGGAUGUGGUGGGGAGCGCCAGCUGCAUCUGGCUGCCAGGUGCCUCUACCUGUAUGACACACCCAGUGAUACCUGCACGAGCACUUGAACACGGACACUGAAAAGGAGAAGCAGCUACUGGCCUCAAAGUCUUACAUGUGGCCCUAAGUCAGCCAGCAGUUAAUCACAGCAAAAUUAGUUGCCCCCAUGCUGCAAAAUGCCUGGAAUAGGAGCAUGAUGCUUUGUGCCUGCCCUUUUGCAGAGGCCAGCGCGUACAGCGUGACAGGCUCAUGUUAGUGUGCGCAAAAUUGAUUUCCAGUAGCAUGUUUGUGCACUGGAAGUACUGUAUGUGUUUGAACAAAGCCUUGUGCUCAGAGACCUCUGCAGCCUGCAGGGGAAAGAGGAAGGGCUAUUCCUAGAUGAGAUCUCAGUUGCUUUUCAGGCACUGUGAGCCCUAUCUGGAAUGCACAAAUAGCAGCUUAGACCUCAACAUGCUCAAACAGCACUGGCGCAGCGGAGGGGUGGGCGAAUCACAGAAAUGACAUUGUAGGCCCCCUUUGCUGGGCCCAGCAAGCCCAUGCACCAAACUUGGGGUGACACAGAGAUAGGAGGGCUCCUCUUCCCUGCACUUGAAGCAGCUUGGGAAGAAAAGAUGUUUGGUUUGCAGUUUUGCACCAUCCACCGCCUGUCUUGUCAGCUGCUGUAUGAACUCCCUGAACACCCUGCAAAUGGAACAGGAAGGAUGUGGUGAGCAGGGUGGGAUAUUGGAGUCGAGGCAGAGGAAGUCGGCCACCAGAGUUCAAGGGAGCUCCAGCGCAGAAGCAGCAGCAGCACUGAGGAAGUCGCGAUUGCUGGGCUUCCAGUAAACUGGAGGCAGGCAGAAGGUAGAUUUGGAAUGGACUGGGACACCCACAGUUUUGCAGUAGAUUGGCAAGUUCUUCUGACUUCCAUCUGGCAAAAAAGUAUUUCCCCCAACGAAAGCAAGCUGCUAAAAAUGUGGAAGUUGUAUUGAAAACCAGGAGUUGAUUUUUGUGGGAGCUCAGUUUUAGAAUCUGAAACUAAUUCUUGUGGUGAAUAUGUGCUCACAGGUGCCCCAUUCCUUAAUCCCAGGUUCUUGGCUGUUUUCCCACCCAAUUUGUACCAGUUGGUGGACCUCAGAGGUUAUAGUAAAAAAUAAAGUAGGUUUCAUACUCCUGAAAUCUGCCCACCCCUACAGAGCAAACGAUCAGAUCAGAUCUAGUUUAAUUAGGGGCUUGUGUUUAUUAAGUGGCAUCACAGCUGAAUUUUAUUUUCUUGAACAAAGGAAUGGGGUAUAUUGACUAUUGUAGAGCAUUGUUAGUUUAAUUAAUAUAUGGUAACAUGAAAUUGGUGUUUUCUUUCUUUUCCUAGUUGCUUUCCUUUCCAAUCCACAAGAACCUGUGAUUCCAGUGAAGGAAGGGAAAGGGAAAAAAAGGAGGAAGGGCAAAGGGAGAAAGAGAGACCCCUGUCUGCGAAGAUACAAGGACUAUUGUAUUCACGGAGAAUGCAAAUAUCUCAAGGCAUUAAAAAGAGCACAUUGCAUGUAAGUUCAUCACGGUUUUCCUGUUCUGGGGAUGGUCUUUGCAGAUAAUCAAAACAAAUAUAUAUGGUUUUCUUUUCACUGUGGAGCAUAUUCUCUUUCUCCAGUAGCUCCCUAGAACAGCGCAAUAACUGUGCUGCAGGGUUAUUUUCCUUUUUAAAUAAGGAAGAAAGAGUCAAGUACAGGUGCAUUGUGGUCUUGGAGAAUGGGAGUUUGGUCCUCAGAGACCUAAAAGAAAACCCCUGUAUAUAACAGAGACUAGAGACUCCUUCUGGUAGCACCCUGGUUCAACAAUGAAAGCUCAAAUUUAGUAAGAGGUGGAGAACCUCAGUGCAGUGAUUGCUUAGAACUUUUGAUUGAGUUUCUUCCAAGUGACUGAGUUUUCAUUUGCUGAGCAAAUCCUUUUUUCACUAAAGAUACAGGCUUAUGCAGGAAGCUGGGUGGGCAAUUUCAGAAGUAUAGGCAACUUUCUGGUUCUGCUCCGGACAACAAAGAUGAAAUGAGAAAAUAAAUUAACAGCAGAGAUAGCAAAAUAGAGAUCUAGCAAAUAAGGCGCUGGAUUGGGUCUGAAGAGUCUUGGAGUCAACUCAUUUCCCAGCUGCAAAGGCGUGGCUGCCCCUACCUAGCACACAGGAGUGUUAUGAAGAUAAGAUAGGGAAAUCUCCAUGUAUGCAUAUAAUUUGAUUUCAUUGCAGUGGAGAAAGUGGAAGUUUUUACUACCAAGGGGACUACAGUAAAAUGCUAUAUGUCCUUGUUGCAAAUAACAUAACUAUUCCCAGCUAUGAAAAUACCUGUGAUUAUCCAUUCUAAAGCACCCCCUGCCCUUUAGCUUUAGGCUUUACUCCUCAGUUUCCUGCAGAGCACCAAGGGGAAGCACCUUGCUUCUAAGUGCAAGAACUGCAGCAUCUUCAGGAAACGGAGCAUCAGGAAUGUGCUUUGUGCUCCCCAUACGGAGGCUUGAUUUUCUUCAAGUCGACUUGUUUGUCAGUGCAUACCUCCAAUGGCAACAACAAGAUUGGUAAUGUUUUGCCUUGGGAAAGCAGUUUCCCCUGACCCUGAGCCCCUUAUCCUUACAAUUUGCAAACACAUAACAGGGUGGCAUAAUACAGUAUGCUGUAUUAUGAAUUCCAAAUCAGUUUUGCCUUACCCAGCCCUCUUGCACUCUCAGACAUGCAGAGCGAUUGUGGGACUCUCUGCCCUUCCCUUGGCAGAUGGCUGCUGUUUUGUUGUCUGCUGCUUUUAUUAUCAUUUCCCCUUUGGGCCCAUCACGUCACUGCUAGAAUAGGGCCGUGCAUCAUGUUGGCUGGUUAGCUGAGGUCGCUAGUGCCUGGAUCUGGGCAGCAGUGAGCAUUGGGAGGCUGGGGUCUGCAUCAUCCCUCAUCAUGCCAUUCUCCCUUUGGCUUCCUUGUAAUCUGAGCAUUGGAGCUUGAAGAUGACACUGACUUGUGGAAUGUGCUGCUUUCAAGCGAGCUCUUUCUAAGCAUUAGACAUUUGAGCUGAGUGUUUGGAAAGACCCUCUUUCCUUCCUGAUUGGGCAUCAGUGCAAAGCUGGUUCUAUGUUUUGGUGGUUUUGGUUUUUUUUAGUUUUACUCAUCCAGGCGGGGGGUAGGAAUGUGUGGGAAGAUAAUUUGGGGAGCUGGCCCCAUCACAUUCUUUAAUUGUGUGAGUAACUGUCAGGACAAAUUAACAAGAGACUAUCACUUACUCUCUUUAAGAAGUGUGCUCUGUCCCCAAGGAAGACUGAAAAUAUUCCUACUGUUGAGGGUAGGAAAAUGGGAAAGUGUGAGUCAGCUGUGGCAAUUCCCCUUCUCUUUGAGAGUGAAAAUAUUAAGUAUGUGGGUAGAGAUUAACAGCCCGAUGGAUGCAAAAACUCUCCUUUUAGCCAAGCCUUUGAUAGCUGGAGGAAAAAAUCUCUAUCCCUUGCUGAGAUAUUGCACUCUCAAAAUUCCUCUGGGGUCUGUAACACAGGGAGACCUAAAUAGAUUUUCAGCAACGAUUCUGAAAGACAACUGUGUGCAAUUGUCUCCAGAGGCUGCAACUCUUUAGUAAUUUUUAACGUAAUGGCUUAAUGACUUAAAUAAUACUUAAACUAAUGUCAGUGUAUGUGUCUUACUGAUGUUAGCCAUGUAUAGCUGAUGGAGUAAAGGCACAAGAGUUCAUUGCAUGAGUUCUACCAUGUAAUACCAGAUUAUAUCAGUGGGAGGGGGGUGGAAAAACAGGUGUGUUGCACUUUGAAAUGUGAAUAGCCUUUUGAGCAUUAAACUUAGAUGAAAGGAGACCGUCAUAUCAAUGUGACUAGCUAUCAUUUUAUUGCUGCGGUCUGGAACAAGCCUUAUACAUUGUUUGCUUUUCAUCUGCAACUCUAGAUGCGAAGAAGGGUACCACGGGGCGCGAUGCCACGCUCUUAGUCUUCCGGUGGAGAACCCCUCCCGUAGUUACAACCACACAACUAUCCUGGCAGUCACAGCAGUGGUGCUGUCAUCUCUAUGUCUUAUCAUCAUUGCCGUGUUGCUGAUGCUCAGGUAAGCUGCUUGGCAAGGCUGAGAAGAGAUGCAGGAAUUGAGAUGCAGUGCUGUCUUCUGUAUGCCAAAUGGGGAAAAGUUCACACUUGACCUCCGGUCUUAUUCUGAGGUGGAUUAUGUGAAGUUAGCAAGUAUAAAACUGCUGAGAGGGCCAGACCUCCGCAGCUUCAAAGGCAGACCAGGUUCCUUGCUUACCAUUCUGGACUCUGCAGAGCUGCUGUUGAAUCCCAAGUUCUGUGUUUGCACACCUGGACUGUGAUCCUUUAUGAGUUCUUUAUGAAACAAAGUGCUUUGUGGUCCUUGCUUUGUUCAGUUCCCCAUCAACUCCUGGGAUAUGAAUCCUUUACAUUUUAAUUCCACUGGCUGAGAACUGAGACUUGAUGGAUCUCUGCCCACCAGUGUUUAACUAGGAAUUGCUUGAGGUCCAAAUCCACCACUUCGUCAAUUUCCCCAUGACUUUAUUUGUUGUCGCCCUGUUGCUGGGGUUCUCUGGGCAGCCUGCUUUCAGAUUAACCCCUUGUGGCAAUUGACUUGUUGUCAAAAUUUGUAAUGAAUCCUGCCUUGGUGCUGCUAGUUGGGCUAAGUAGUUUUGGGAACCCGUUCCAGUUCAAUGAUUCUGUGAAUGGCAUCCUAGCCUUUCUGUCCUGUUGAGGAUACAGUUGAGGAAGUCUGGGCAGGGAGCCAGCGAGUCCCAUUUCAGUCUAAGGUAUUCCACAUCUUGUGACUGGUCCCCUGCCAAGAAAUGCAAGUUGGAAUUUCUCAUACUCAGAUCCUAGGAUCAGGAAGGUGACAGCAACAGGUCCUUUUAGCCAGUGGCAGUGGGGUGGUGCAAUUAUCGUACAGGGUUAGAACUGGAAUUUAUCUUGGUCUCUGUCUUUCUAUUUUUUCCCAGGUGUCACAAGCAAGGAGUGUAUGAUGUAGAGAGUGAAGAGAAGGUUAAACUGGGCAUCACUGUCAACCACUGAGAUGUCCUGAGAUUGCAAGGUAACCCCUCAAGCACAUAAGCUAUGGGAAGACUGUGUGUUAGUGUGCUGUGAAGAGAUUUCAAUAAAUUCUGCCCAUUCUUUAGCCUGAAGGGAAGUUUCUUUAUCCCGUGGCAAACUAAAGGAUAAUGUACGGCAUUGCCUCCUAUUGAUGUACCUGUUUGGGCUGAAUUAUGGGUUAACUCUUGUCACAAGUUACUCCUUCUUGACCACCCCUGGGAGGCUGAGAUGCUAUGCUAGAGAGUAGAGAAGCCCCUUUGUAAUUACUCAGACAACAGCAUAGGGAAUACUAAUCAAUAAGUCUUUGUAUAAAAAGGGCACAUAUUACAGAAAGAAGAAGCUAUUGCAAGUUAUUACUCAUAACCCACUGGUGCAAUACUUAUGAGGGGGAACACACCCACCCCAGGAUGGAUUCCAACCCACAAAUACUUUAUUUCAUUUUACUCUCCCAGACUUUCCAAAGCUCUCCUUCAUGCUGUCUAUGGCAAUGUGCUGUGAUGCUAUGAUUGGCCAGCCACUAUCACAAAAACCUAGUCUCCACCCUGGCACAAACAUGUCACCUGCUGCCACACUAAUGGUGCCAGCUAUUUUGAAAUAUGAUUGUUCACUACUGAUCUCAGAGUGUUCCAGUCUAAAACCACAAAUGUAUCUGUGUCCCCUAGUAUAUUUGCCUUUGUCCUACUCACAGGAAACUGUUACACAUUUUGCCUCAGAUAUAUGACCCUUGGCACUUUGAGCUGGCUAACUCAGUUUAAUCAGGCUUCAAGCAAGUAUUUGAUAGGACAGCAAGUUGAUUAUUGACUAUUAGGCAUAUCUGAAUCGUGAACGAAACCAGCAUACAUGAGCUUGUGCUUGUGUUCCUGGGUGCUGUCAUAACAGCAUCCUUUAGAAGCAGCCGAGGGGGCUUUAGGCCCUGAGGGAAGCUCUGUGUGCUGUGCAUUUCUGCCUCUGGAUUACUUCACUUGGACUUUGCCCCCUGAUCUUCUGUAUGGGUGGUCCCCUCUCCAGUGGGUGGCCGGUCCCUGGCCACUUGUUCCACCUUUCUUCUUGUGGAGGUGCCUCUCUCUGGGUUACAUGCCUUCUUUAAAACUUUAAGGCAACGCUCUUUACUCUCACUUGCCCUUCUCUGGAGGCUGCAAGAUUCCAGCCACAGUCACCUCCCUUCAGAAGCUGCAGGCCAUAGCUGUAGCCCUUGGUAAUGGGUGCUGUGUGUGGCCCUCAGAAGGCCCUUCCAUUAGUUGUGGGGAUAGCUGUGAAUGCUGGACAAUAGGUUUCCAAAGGCUUAACCUCUUUAAUCAAGACAAAUCCAGAGAGAGAGUGUGCACACAGAGACACACAAAUAAAUGUAUGUAUGCUGAAUUCACUGCUAGCAAGUAGGGAGAGUCACAAAGUGCAACUGAAUUCCACAAGAGUGCAUCAUUUUAGGUCUCAAGUCACUCAUUCUGCACUAGUCCUCAUGGAGUAGCUCCAGUUGACUUCAAUGGAAUUAUUCUCUUUCGAGGUGGCAGCCUACAUAACUGUUGUGGGGUAUGGAGAAUAACCUUCUUGGUAGAUUUUUUUUUAAAUUGCACAUGCAGGGUGGGGUCCAGGUAACUAGCCCCAUCAGCAGAAAGAAGCCUUGCACAAAGACUUCCAUUUGUGCAAUGGGGCUUCCCCCAUUCUCCUGAAAAUUGGCUUGGGGGUGGCGGCAGGAGAGCCCCCAUAACAGUGCAUAGGGAAAGGAGAGGGGGGUCAUUCCAUUUGGGAAGCUGCAAUGUUUGCACAGGCAGGGCAGUUAGAAGGGCAUAAUAUUGGAGUCUUGUGAGUGGUGCAUAUUUAGCUUAGAUGUGAUCCUUCCUUCCAUUACAUUGCAGGAUUCAGCACUGGAGCAGCUCUUAUUUCCACAAUCCAGUGGACAAAACUCUUCCCCCCCCCCCCAGACACAUUUCAGCGUCAAAAGGGAGUUUGUAUGAGUGGAAGAGACUGUGUCAGAUCUUUGCUUUGUUGAAGAAGCAAUUCAUCCCCUCCAAACACGAAGAUCUUUCCAAGAGAGAGACUUUUCUCCACUGAGUGCUUCUUCCUGAAAUGUGGAGCCACAGCCUAAGGAGAAGAGUUGGACUUUGCCUUGGUAUCAUUGGAAAGAAACAUCUUUGCAAGAAGACAAUACACCAGCAAGUUGGAUUCUUCAGACAUCUGCUGAGGAUUUAACUGUGAAAGACUUGGACUCUGCUGAAGAAAUCUAACUUUGGAACUCUAUUAAAUGGUGGGGAGUGGGGCAGAAAAACUAUUUAACAAGAUAUUUCAUUUUAAAUUAUAUAUUUAUUUUAGAUACAUUGUACAUAUUAUUUAUUUAGGCUUGAUCCUGUAGCUCUGUCAUCAAGUGGAGAGGCAGAAGGAUUGUGCAGUGUAACAUUCUCUAAUAAAUAACCCUUUGUUAU